CGUACAAGCUCCAAGUUACUAAUCACCACUGGAGCAAAGGCAUGAAGUCACUAGACUCUGAUAACAGGUAGGUCAUUCUACCUUACUACGAGGCUUGCAAACAAUUUAUAAACUGAAGUGAGAUGUAAGUUAAUUUUCCGGAAGACCAAAUGACGAAGAUCCAAAGCUUGACACUUGUUCAUCAACAACGACAUGUAGAUCUGCAUAGGUACAUGGUACAGAACCCCGCUUUACAGGCGGCUUGCACCUGGCUAAUGCUCAGAUUGCUCACUGAACCACUUAAACGUCCCGGUCCCAAAGUUGACGUGAGGAAUAUCAACAUUCAAGUGAUCGACUGGCAUAAGUUCUGUGGCCUGUACUUCGCCAUCGUUUUCACUUCGCUGUCUGGUGGAGGUGGAAUUCUACACCACCCUUUGAACAUCCACUUAUAAAAAGGGUACUAUCACACUCGCCUUAUUGGUACUAGUGAGCCUUCUUUC